AUGGAAGUUGAUUGGAGAUCGACUUUGUCGAAUCAGGAACGGUCAAAAUACAUUACUGAACUUGCGCAAAUUUUGGCACAAAUCAGCCACUUGAACGGCGGUGAUAGGGGCAAUUUUAACUUGGAGAAGCUCAAGAAAACCGCGGAGCAGUUCGAGAAAAGUCUUUAUGCCAGCAGUUCGUCCAAGGAUUUGUACCUGGACGCAAUGCGGAAGCGCAUUGCUGCCAUGGACGCGGCCAAGAAGAAAGCCAUCGCCACUGUGCAACAGAAUGCGGCGAAAGCGGCUGGGCAGCAGGCGCGCCAACAGGCAGCGCAGGCAGCGCAGCAGCAGAGGCAGGGGCAAUUUCCAACGGCUGCAGGCAUGAAUUCGCAGAUGUUCUUGAAUCAGCAAGCUCAAGCACGCCAGCAGGCCGUCCAACAGUUUCGGACCGGCAUGGGUAACAAUAUUCCCAUCAACGGUGCACCUGCCAGACCCCAGCUAACACCACAACAGCAGCAGCUUAUCAACGAAAUGAAAGUAGCGGAAAUUCCCCGUGAGCUUUUGCAGCGAAUUCCAAAUCUCCCUCCAGGUGUCAAUACCUGGCAGCAGGUCACUGAGCUAGCACAGCAGAAGAGGCUGGGCCAGAAGGACUUACAAAUUGCCAAGCAAGUCUAUCAAAUGCACCAGCAGCUGGUCUUUAAAUCGAAAUUGCAACAGGCUACAGCUGGUAACCGUACUGGUGCUGCCCAGCAGAGAGUCAUGCAACAGAGACAGCCGAUGGGCCAAGUGCAGCAGCAGCAGCAACUUGCUCAACAGCAGCAACAACCACAGACGUCUCAGCAAGUCCCACAGCAGAGAGACAGAUCAAUGACGCAACCUCCACAGCAGCAGCAACAACAACAACAGCAGCAGCAGCAGCAGCCGCAACAGGAUAUUCCAAAUGUUUUAAACCGACUCAACCAGAUAUUCUCACCUGCUGAGCAGAAGGCACUUUAUGAGAAUGGGAAGAAACUGAUCGAAGAUUUGCAAAGAAGUAAUAGGUUACCAGCGAUAUUGACCCCACAACAGCAAGCAAUCUACAUCAAGAAAUAUAUAAACCAGAUGGCAUUGAAAAAAUUGCAAGCAGCUCGGAUGUCACAGGCAUCUGGGGGCAAUGCACCUUCUCAGAACCAAGCACCUGGUGCCAAUGGUCCCUACAUCCCCGUUAUGAGCCAAUUUACAUCGAACAACUCAACUUCCAACAACGUCAGUGCUACAAUGGCUCAGAGAAGAGCUUUUAGUGGAGCCGCUAAUACUAAUACUAAUAAUACUAAUAACAUUGCUAAUGAUAAUAAUAUCGGUAACCACAGCAGAGCAACCUCUAAUGCGAAUCCUAUGGUUCCACAACCUACUACCGCUCCUCAGCAAAGUCCGCCAAAAAUUUCGUUACCAAGACCAACUGAACAAGAUCUGUUGGUCCUGAGAAGGAUUUCUGCCGAAGUGCAGAAAUCUCAUCUGCGGCUUUCAAAUAUUACUAAUCAGUUAAAUCAGGAGCAAAAACAAUCUAUUAAGAAUAAGCUCCAAGUAAACCGACAGCUUUUUACUAAUGUGGACAACUUCAUUCCAACUCUGUACAUGAUUACGAGAAACGAGGAGAACGUUCGUCAGCUUCUGCAAAUUCGUAUGCUUGCAAAGGAAAUUAUUGAGCAUGCUUCGAGAGGAACAUUUAUUGUGCCACCUGAAGUGGUCGACAAAGUUGUUUUCAGAUACCAGAAAUAUUAUGAGUUCAUUAAAGAUCAAGUGCUAAGGCGACAUCAACAAAUUAUUGCCUCCAGACAGCAGCAACAACAGCAACAGCAACAACAGCAACAACAGCAACAGCAACAACAGCAACAACAGCAACAACAGCAACAGCAGCAGCAGCAACAACAGCAGCAGCAGCAGCAGCAGCAGACGACUGCGCAAGGGAGUGUGGAUCCUCACUUCAAUCAGCAGAGAAUUCAGGGAUCGUUCCAACAGAUUCAGCAGCAAAUGCAAAUGAGACAGCAACAACAGCAGAUGCAACCUUCACCUCAAUUGAACAAUGGGGUGAGGCUAAAUUCAGAUGGCUUCCCUGUUAACGUGGGUAAUCUUGAAACGGAUGCCACAACUCUUGGUGGCGCCGGUGAUAAUGUAAAUCGCGCUGUUUCUGGUAUGGAAUUCCUGAAUUCUCCAGACUUUGCCAAUGGGCAAUCACCACAGCAACUUGCUCUGUCGCCUGCCAAGAAGGCAGCUGCUGCUCGGAAGAAGUUAGCACAGAAGAAGCAAGUUCAGAACACACCUCUUGCGGCACCUUCGUCAACUCAAAACACUCCAAACGUCGGUGUAUCGCAAGGUACCACAGCAGCUAGUAGAACGGGUACACCGCUAGUUCCAAAUUUAGCCCCUAGUGCUUCCCCUCUUGUCAAUAGACCCAAUUGGAAUCAUCAUCAAAGUCCUUCUCCUAGAUCUAUUCCUAAUGGUGCUACUCCGCCGGCCGAUUACCCAUACAAGGAGGAUGAGGACAAUCUGAAGAAGAAGGUCGUGAAAAAAAACGAAAUCAUUUCUCGAUUUAAGCUAAGACAGGAAAUUCUAGCUAAGUCACCUGCUGAUCUCUUCUUAACCACUUUAGGAGACUGCUUUGGAGUUCAGGAGGGUUCUUAUGAAUUGAUUAAUAAAAUUCCUGAGGAUAUCGUUGAGCAAGUCAACUCUAAUAAGAAAAAGGGCGGGAAACAAGCCCUCAGAAAUAAGGAGCAAGAUAAUGUUGAUGUUUCCAUCAAAGACAACAAAAUGUUGUUUUCUAACAAAUAUGAGCCUGAAAACCAAAAUUACUCGAUUAAUGUAAGCGACAUUGCUAGUGUUUUUAAAGACGUUUACGGUUCGACAGAUGUGUCGUCAUUUUCUUUUGUUCCAACACCUGUCGCUGAGCGGAGCAAAAAGAGAAAAGCUAAUGAACUGGACAUAAGUCCGAACAUAUCACCCGCUUCCCCCGCUAUAAUGAGUGAUUCUAAGAAAUUGAAGUUGGACUCACCUGAGGACUUGUUCUUUUCUGCGCCCACAGAGGAUACGAAAAAGGCGUUUCCAAUGGAAUCAUCCGAACAGAACAUCUGGGAUUGGGGGUUUUGGGCCAAAUCCUGA